GAAUGGACCCCGUCGUGCUCAGUUACAUGGACAGUUUGCUGAGACAGUCAGACGUGGCCUUGCUGGACCCACCGAACUGGCUCAACGAUCACAUCAUUGGCUUUGCCUUCGAGUACUUUGCCUGUGACCAGUUCCAAGAGUUCUGUGACCAGGUGAGCUUUAUAGGGCCCGAGGUGGCCCAGUUCAUCAAAUGUGCCACCAGCCAGGAGGAAGUGGCCGCGUUCCUGCAACCGCUAGACCUUGUCCACAAGAAGCUGCUGUUCCUGCCCAUCAAUGAUAACUCCAACCAGACUGCCGGAGGCACCCACUGGAGCUUGCUGGUUUACUUCAGGGACAAAAAGUCCUUCGCCCAUUACGAUUCCCACAGCAAGAGCAACUCUGCCCACGCCAAGCAAGUGGCGAAGAAGCUGGAGGCUUUCUUGGGCAGAAAAGGGGGCAAAGUGACGUUUGUGGAGGAGAAGGCGCCUGCCCAGCAGAACAGCUACGACUGCGGGAUGUACGUGAUCUGCAACACGGAGGCCCUGUGCCAGGGCUACUUCCGUGGCCGGCAGGAGCCUUUGCUGCAGCUCCUCACCCCGGGCUACAUCACGCAGAAGCGAGCCGAGUGGAGGGCCCUGGUGGCCAAGCUCGCGGGGAGGUGA